AUGUUACAAAAAGCUAUAGAGCAAUAUAUUCUUGACCAAGCAAAUCACCCUUUGAAGUUGGACGAGUUCAUCAAGAGCAAACGUCGGUUCAUCGCGUCAAUAAUGGAUCUCAGUGAAAAUUAUAAAGACUUGUGGUCUGCGCGUUUUGCAAAGAUUGUCCGCAAACAUAACUUGACUGUGGCUAAAUCCCAGGUUGACUGGGGUGUGCUGACCACAGCAUUUUUCGAACAUUUAUCCAAAAACCAAUCGGCAACCCCUUCAGAAGCAUCAUCGACAAAAAAUACCACCACCACCAAUAAUACUACCCCGAAACUAAAAGAAGGCGACUAUAAGAAGUUUGACGCGAUUACUGGGACGGUGGUGGAAGAUAAAGUUAAGGAGCUUGCCAUGAAACUGUCCAACGAACACCCUAGUCAUUCAAUGAUUUUAGACACUUCUGAUCCAGUCUGGCUCGAGUAUUUCACUAAGAGUGAAUUGAAAGAAAUAGAGGAUGAAAAAAAAGUAACACUCUCAGAAUUACCUAAAAGCAUGCAAACAUAUUUGGAUUGCUACAACGGCUUGCCUCCACCCAAUUCGUGA